CCUGUAUAUACCCUUGAAAGGCCAAUCAAUCAUGCCGGUCCCAGGCGCAUACGAACCAGAGUUAGAAUUUUCCGAUCCGAACAGUGUCCGUGAGACGGCGCUGUUCUCGUUCAACCCACUCAUAUACCUUUAUUUCAUGCUGUCAUUUCUGAUCGUGCCCUAUCCGAUCUACCAAGUGAUUGCCAAACGCUACGGCUGGGAAACAAACAACAAGACAAUGGCACGACACUGGAGUGAUCUCAUGCUGGGCUUUUCCUACGGCACAAUCUUGUUUGUCUUUGGAAACUAUACUCGUGCCUAUAGCUGGAUCACCGUCAUCGCCUUUUAUCCGUCCCUUUUUGGAUACGCGUUAAUUGCAGAGCUUCCUUUCACAAAGACAUCAUUGCCAAACAUCAAGAAUUGGCCGUUUGGCAUGUGGGCCGUGUUCUUGACAGCCGUGGCGAUCAUCCUUGCAUUUGCAGCGUUCCAUAUCUACUGGGCCGCCACGCUUCCCCUGCCGUUCGUCAUUUACUAUAUCUGCGCGCUGCUGAUCCCAAUUUUUUUAUUUACUGUUUCACUUGCACUGAUCAAGGAGAACAAUGAGAAUUGGGCUCGUACAUGGAUCCACGGUUAUCGCGUCCGAUGGGCGACCCGUCGCUCUUCCAAGAAAAGCAAUGGCAAUGAUGAAGAGCAGCCGCAACAGGAUGAAGGCGUGAAUCCAGAAUCAUCCACUUCCAUAGACCCGGUUACACAGCAGCAGCCAAACGUACCCGAGUUGUAUAACCCUUAUACCCGUAAGCUCAACUUGCAUCUGCACCACUGGCAGAUCUUCUACAUGUUAGCUUUUUUCACAAGGUUCACGCAUCCGGUGUCCCAAGUGGGAGCAGGGAUUGUACUCGCUUGUUAUAUGGAAGGCAUUAAUGCAUAUGGCUACGAUCAACUUUUGAACGACUAGGUCUCUUUCUUUGGUGAUAAUAUCUUUUCCGCCUUUGCAUACCGAUAUGCGAAAUGAUGCGUUCCACUUUUAGUUUUUGUAACACACACCCCUUUUACUGUUUACUGAGUAUACGACGUACUAUUAUUAUCAUAUUGCUUCCCCUUGAUUUUUGUUGUUAUUUUAAUUUCCU